GUUAUCACUGGUCGACGUGGCCACUUGAAAUUUUGAUGAAAAACUGACAUUAUUUUUUAAAAAUCUCGAAAUCUCUAGCAGUUGUUAGGCCAAUCUUAGUGGACGAACUAGCCAUGGGUAUGGGUAACAUACCCUAUAGAAAUCGUCAAGUUUGAUUAACAACUGCAGGAGAACCAUACGAGACCAUUUUUUCCGUGCAAACGGUACAAAUGGCUUGCAAUUCACUCACAUAUAUCCCUUCUUCGAAAUUGAAAAUUCUGCUUAGCAUUAAAACACAAAAAUCCAUUAGAACACAUGAUAAUACCUCAGAAUUUUACUAGAAUUCUAUCUUCUUAGGAAACUUGUGAUUUGUUACAUACAUAUCCCUUCUUCGAAAUUGAAAAUUCUGCUUAGAACUUUGUUUUUCCGGCAGAAUUUAGUCAGAAUUUAGGCAAAAUUCUAACUCUCCAGCAAAAUUGUGUUUACCCUUAUACACAUUCCCUGCAUCAAAAUCAAAAUUCUGCUUAGAACUUUGUUUUUCCCGCAGAAUUUAGUCAGAAUUUAGGCAAAAUUCUAACUCUCCAGCAAAAUUGUGUUUACCCUUAUACCAUUCCCUGCAUCAAAAUCAAAAUUCUGCUUAGAACUUUGCUUUUCCAGCAGAAUUUUACUAGAAUUCUAUCUUCUUAGGAUAAAAAGCAAAAUUCUGUUUAGAAUUCUGCUUUUACAGCAGAAUUUAGCUGAUCUUAACUCAGAAGCUUUACCUGCUGAUCGAAGUACAGCAUCUUUAUUACCAUAAACAGUCAUUUAUUUAUUUUGAAUACCCUUUCAGAAUUCUGUUUCAAUUCUGCUGUUGCAAUCGUGUUCUGCACCGUAUCCUAUUAUUGAUUCUGAGGCACUAAGUUAGAUUUAUUGUUCAUGUCUGUUACGCUUACAGAAUUCUUAAGUUCUGCUUGUGAUGAAUUCUGCCUGGCCUCAUAUACUUAGGGUAAACCAAAAGUUCUGGCCAUGGCAUUUUAAUAUAAAAGCGUUAAGAAACUUUCUUUCUACAUAGUCUGAUAGAGAAAAGAAUGCUUUUUCUUCCUAUGCUAUUUGAUCAUAUUUCACCUAAUAUCAUGAGGAAUAAUAGAAUUUGGAUUAGUUUCGUUUUUUCUAUCGUAUAUGACAGUUACACUAAUGCUUAUUCAGUGGAAAUUUUUUGAAUAACUUUUGAUAGGAACAAGAUAGAGAGCUGCAGUUUUCAUCGUUUGAAAGAGGAAAUACAGAUGCAUCGAAUCAUAUAUGGUAAAUUUGUUGAUAGGAUUUUUUAAGGUUUUCAGCUAAACUUUUCGAAAACAAAUCUACUCCUUAAGGUGUUUACAGCGAAUUUUCUAUUGUCGGAUGUGUAUUCAAACUACCGAUGGAAGACUUACACGAUUGCAGAUGCUUUGAAUUAAUCAUUUCGAAGUUACGGACAUUUCUAGUCGAAGCUCUAAGUGAUUUUUUAGAUAACUUCUGUAUCAAAGAAUUUUUUCCGUUUUGUUUUUAUUAGGAAACCAUUUUUUCCACAUUUAGACAAUUGAUUAAACAAAGUUCAGACAACAUACUAGAAAAACGUAUAAUAUACGAAUAAAAUAAUAAUAAAAAUUAUCUGUAAAAUUUGUCUUCCCUACUCCCAUUAUUUGUAAAAAUUGUCUCUCCAUACUCCCAUUAUCUGUAAAAAUUGUCUCUUUCCACUUCAAUUAUUUGUAAAAAUUAUCUCUCCCCACUCGAACUGGCUCUAUCUACUUGAAUUUCGAAAUAAUGUAUCUAAAAAAUAUAUUACCAACAGCACGUCAAAUUGCAUUAAAACAUGAAAAUCCAUUAAAUUACAAUAAAUUGCAUAAAAACACAUGAAAAACCAUUAAAACACAUUAAAAUGCAUUAAAACACAAAAAUCCAUUAGAACACAUGAUAAUACGUCAAAGUGUAUCAGAAUAAAGACACGUUAAAAUCCAUUAAAACGCAUUAAACUACAUUAAAACACAUUAGAAUACAUUAUCAAAAGAUCUUUUAAUGAAAUCCAUUGCCAUAUAUUAAAAUCAAUCAGGAAUGCAUGAAAACAUAUUAUAUGUCUAAGAAUUAAAAAAUACAUUUUUCCAUAUAUAUAAUGUUAUAUUUUACCUGCAACUUAGAUUAUUCUUUUAUUUGUGUUUGACAAUGCAUCGUGCAAUAUUUUUCUUACUGAUGAUAGUGCAAUGUUGGUGUGAUGUAUAAGUUUCAAUAGAUCGAAUGAAAGAAGAAUAUUGUAUUAGUGUUGGUAAUAAUAUUUGGCUUCGUUCAUCUAGUACUGCUUUAUAUGUUGAUCAUCGAUGAUAUUCAUCAAAUGAUAGUUCUCUUCUUCUUAUUGAUACUCAUGUAUUCCAGGGUGAUGAUCCGAAUUUUGGUAAUUGGAAUGAAACUCAAUUAAUUUAUAAAUUAAAUCGUAGUGGAAUAGUUACGAAUGUAUCUACACAUAUUCGUCAAUUGAAUUCUAUUCAUCAAUAACAUUUCGUUUGAAUAUUGGUACAAAAGAUUUAACAAAUAAUAUUAAUCUUAAGAUGGAUCAAGUUCGUACUGUAUUUCCAUCAUUUAAAAUUGAACAAAUUGAUACAAAUGAGUAUCGAGGAUAUUUUACAUUUGAAGGUGUUAUGAUGGGUUAUGAUGAAAUGCAUAGAGAUAUUUGGAAAUCAUCAAAUACAGUUAUUAAAUCAGGUAUGGAAGCUGGACCAGUAGUACUUUUUAAUUUAACUCAACAUGGACAAAAUGAUGUUAUUAUUCUUUCGCCAUUUGUUCAAUUUAUGGCAACAUCAUUAAGUCAACAAGAUAAUAUAUUACAAUAUGGUGUUAUGGGUUCAAUAAAAACUAUUCCAGCUAAUUAUAAUCAUACAAUGAUUCUUUUUUAUUCAUCUAAUCGUAUUAAUGAUGCUUUACGUCAAUAUGAUGGUGGUGCUUAUUAUUAUUAUAAUACAGAAUCAGGUUUAAAUUAUGAAGAAACACUAUUAUCUGUUCAUAAAAAAAUAACACUUCCAUUUCAUUAUAUUCAAUUAGAUUCAUGGUGGUAUUAUAAAGGAUUAAAAGGUGGUGUAAGUCAAUGGAAAUCUCGACCUGAUAUUUUUCCUGAUGGCCUUCCAUCAGUAUAUCAUCAAAUGGAUAGUAUACCAUCAGCAGCACAUAAUCGUUAUUCGGCAUUAGAUACAGUUUAUUCAGAUAAAUAUAAUUUUGCUUUUGAUCAUAUCAAUGAAAUGUCUUUACCAAUGGGAAAUGAUUCACUUUGGAUUGAUUUAUUAAGUGAUGCGUCACAUAAUUGGGGUCUUAUUAUGUAUGAACAAGAUUGGUUACAUGCUCAAACAUCAAAGACCAGACACGCAUGA